AUGGCUCACCCUGAGAGCACCAGCGACUCGAGUCGCUCGAGCUCCCACGAGCCCGAUGAGAUCGCCCCCAUACGGACGUUCUCGCGACGACAAUCCAGGGGCGCGCGAGAAGACAGCACGGUCAUGGAUCACAUGCGUCCGGAAGACAGGGAGCAACUCACCCGCAUCGCAUCCGGCUUCCCCCGUCAUCGCCCCGUCGAUUCGGGCGCUGCCAUUGAACGACGGGAUACCCUCGACGAGCUCAACCCGGAUGACCCGGUGCUGGACCCGAGCAGUGACAAAUUCGAUCUGUACAAAUGGGCUCGAAUGCGAAUGAAGUUGAUGGAUACGGAGGGUCUUCCGCGCCCCGCGUCCGCCGGGGUCGUUUUCCAGAACCUCAAUGUCUCCGGAUCAGGCUCGGAGCUCCAGUAUCAAGAUACCGUGGCGUCGACCUUGCUUGCGCCCUUUCGACCGCAGGAGUACCUGAGCUUUGCGAAGCGGUCGCCCGAGAAACAUAUCCUACGCAAUUUUGACGGGCUUCUCCAGAGCGGCGAGCUGCUGAUCGUACUGGGUCGGCCUGGUAGCGGGUGUUCGACUUUCCUAAAGACCCUGUGCGGCGAACUGCAUGGGUUGAAGCUCCGCAAAAGCUCCGAGAUCCAGUACAAUGGAAUCUCCAUGGAGAGAAUGCACAAGGAGUUCAAAGGAGAGGUCGUGUAUAACCAGGAAGUGGAUAAACAUUUCCCUCACUUAACUGUUGGGCAAACUCUGGAAUUCGCCGCUGCUGCCAGAACUCCAGAGCGACGUCUACAUGGAGUCAAUCGACAGCAAUACGCCAAGCAUAUCACACAGGUCAUAAUGGCGGUGUUUGGUCUGUCACAUACGUACAACACGAAAGUCGGCGAUGAUUAUGUACGAGGUGUUUCCGGAGGAGAACGAAAGCGAGUUAGCAUCGCAGAGAUGGCCUUGUCUGGAGCCCCUAUCGCGGCAUGGGAUAACAGCACCCGUGGACUUGACUCCGCCAGUGCCCUGGAAUUCGUUAAUGCACUGAGACUGUCCGCCAACUUGGCUGGGUCCUGUCAUGCGGUGGCCAUAUACCAAGCAUCGCAGGCCAUCUACGACGUUUUCGACAAGGCUAUUGUUCUCUACGAAGGCAGAGAGAUCUACUUUGGACCGUGCGAUGAAGCAAGAGACUAUUUCAUCGACAUGGGGUGGGACUGCCCCCCACGCCAAACGACAGGUGAUUUUUUGACAUCUGUAACCAAUCCCCAGGAACGCAAGCCGCGCCAAGGGAUGGAGAACAAGGUCCCUAGGACUCCGGAUGAAUUUGAAAAAUAUUGGAAGAACAGUCCUCUGUAUGCGGAACUCCAUAAAGAAAUCAAGGAGCAUAUGGAAGAGUUUCCUCCCGGAGGCGAAUCUGAACAGGUCUUUGGCGAAAGAAAACGCCAAAGACAAGCGAAGCACGUUCGUCCCAAGAGUCCUUAUGUCAUUUCCAUCCCAAUGCAAGUCAAGCUCUGUACCAUACGAGCCUAUCAAAGGAUAUGGAAUGAUAAACCGUCUACUCUGACAACGGUCAUUGGACGCAUUGCAAUGUCUCUGAUUAUCGGUUCAAUCUAUUACGGGACCCCGAAUGCUACGGCAGGAUUCCAGAGCAAAGGCGCCGCUCUUUUCUUCGCUGUCUUAAUGAAUGCUCUUAUCAGUAUUACUGAAAUCAACUCCCUCUACGACCAGCGCCCCAUCGUUGAGAAGCAAGCAUCGUACGCCUUUGUCCACCCAUUCACGGAAGCGUUUGGUGGGAUUGUUUCCGAUAUCCCAGUCAAAUUCGUAUCUGCUACCGUGUUCAACAUCAUAUUUUACUUUCUGGCCGGCCUGCGAUAUGAAGCAUCUCAGUUCUUCAUCUUCUUUCUGUUCACUUUCCUCAGCACAUUUGCAAUGUCGGGGAUUUUUCGAACACUCGCUGCAGCGACCAAGACGCUCGCACAGGCAAUGGCUAUGGCUGGGGUGAUUGUCCUGGCCAUCGUCAUCUACACUGGCUUCGUCAUACCCGUACCUCAGAUGUCCGACAUCCCGUGGUUCAGCUGGAUCCGGUGGAUCAACCCUGUGUUCUAUACGUUCGAAGCGUUGGUCGCCAACGAAUUCCACGGACGGCGUUUCACGUGCUCGCAGUUCGUUCCCGCCUAUCCUCAACUCAGCGGCGAUUCUUUCAUCUGUAACGUGCGCGGUGCUGUUGCAGGAGAAAGAACGGUGUCUGGGGAUGCUUUCAUUGAAUCCCAGUACAGAUACACCUACGCACACGAAUGGAGGAAUCUCGGUAUCUUGAUAGGGUUCUAUAUCUUUUUUACUGUGGUUUAUCUCCUUGCCACCGAGCUUAACUCUGCCACUUCGUCAAAGGCGGAAUUCUUAGUAUUCCGACGUGGUCAUGUGCCAGCCUACAUGCGCGAUGCAAAUAAACGCGGAAAAGAAAGCGUUGCGACAGACAAUCCUCAGCACCAGGCCGAGACGGAGAAGGACGCAUCUGCAAUUCCUAAGCAACAUGCCAUCUUCACCUGGCGUGAUGUGUGCUAUGAUAUUCCAGUCAAAGGAGGCCAACGACGUCUGCUGGAUCACGUUUCUGGCUGGGUCAAGCCCGGCACUCUUACAGCCCUGAUGGGUGUUUCUGGAGCGGGCAAGACCACCCUCCUUGAUGUCCUCGCGAAGCGUGUCUCUAUAGGUGUUGUCACUGGGGAUAUGCUGGUGGACGGCAAAGGGCUGGAUAAUAGUUUCCAGCGGAAGACUGGAUAUGUGCAGCAGCAAGACCUCCAUCUCGCGACAACGACCGUUCGAGAGGCGCUUCGUUUCAGUGCCCUCCUCCGUCAGCCGAUAUCGGUCUCCAAAAAGGAGAAAUACAAAUAUGUUGAAGAGGUCAUCGCGAUGCUCGGGAUGGAGGACUUCGCGGGGGCCAUUGUCGGAACGCCGGGUGAAGGGCUGAACGUUGAACAGAGAAAGCUCUUGACGAUCGGAGUGGAGCUUGCUGCUAAGCCGGCCCUGUUGAUCUUCCUCGACGAACCGACCAGUGGGCUGGAUUCGCAGAGCUCGUGGUCGAUUAUUGCUUUCUUGCGGAAGCUGGCCGACCAUGGUCAGGCAGUUCUAUCCACGAUCCAUCAGCCGAGCGCGCUGCUCUUCCAGCAAUUCGACCGCCUCCUUUUCUUAGCAAAGGGAGGGAAGACUGUGUAUUUUGGAGAGAUUGGAGACCAGUCUCGUACCAUGCUGGACUAUUUCGAAGCAAAUGGCGCCCGGACUUGUGGUGCGUCCGAGAAUCCCGCCGAGUACAUGCUAGAGAUCAUUGGCGCCGGUGCGUCGGGCAAAGCGUCCAAGGACUGGGCUGCCGUCUGGAACGAAAGCCAGGAGGCCAAAGACAUCCAGAAGGAAAUCGAUCGAAUCCAUCAAGAACGGGCUUCGGCUUCUGAUGAGCACGGCGACGAUAGUCCAGGCUCCGAAUACGGAGAAUACGCCAUGCCUUUUCCGAACCAGCUGUGGCAUGUGACGCACCGGGUGUUCCAGCAGUACUGGCGUGAACCAGCCUACGUAUGGGCGAAGUUGCUCCUCGCCACGCUAUCGUCUCUGUUCAUCGGCUUUACAUUCUUCAAACCCAACAGCAAUUUGCAGGGCUUCCAGGAUGUCCUGUUCAGUGCAUUCAUGCUGACCUCUAUCUUCUCGACCCUGGUGCAACAGAUCAUGCCCAAGUUCGUCGUCCAACGCUCCCUGUACGAAGUCCGGGAAAGACCAUCCAAAGCCUACUCAUGGGCUGCAUUCCUCAUCGCCAACGUCGCCGUCGAAAUCCCCUACCAGAUCCUCGCCGGCGUCAUUGCUUGGGCAUGCUACUACUUCCCGAUCUACGGCGCGUCGCAGGCUUCACACCGACAGGGCCUGAUGCUACUAUUCGUCGUGCAGUUCUACAUGUUCACCUCGACCUUUGCCGGGUUGAUCAUCUCCGCCUUGCCAGACGCCGAGACAGGCGGUACGAUCGCCACGCUGCUGUUCAUCAUGGCCCUCACCUUCAACGGCGUGAUGCAGCCGCCCAACGCGCUGCCCGGAUUCUGGAUCUUCAUGUACCGCGUGUCUCCGCUGACGUAUCUGAUUGCCGGUCUGACGGCUACCGGCCUGCACGGCCGUCCCAUUGAGUGCUCCAGCGAGGAACUGAGCGUCUUCAAUCCGCCCGCCGGCAUGACCUGCGGGCAGUACCUGGCCUCGUAUCUGCAGGCUGCGCCGGGCACGCUGUACAAUCAGGACGCAACGCAGGGCUGCGAGUACUGCCAGCUGCGCAAUGCGGACCAGUACCUUGCCAGUAGCAACAUCUUCUAUGGUGAGCGGUGGCGGAACUAUGGCCUCGGCUGGGCCUACAUCGGGUUCAAUAUCAUGGGCACCGUGGCGUUGUACUACAUGUUCCGGGUGAAACACUACAACCCGACCUCGCUGAUGGUGAAGCAUAUUGAUGUCUGA